GAUUUCAGUGUGUCGAUGAAAAUCGGACGCACGAUGUUAACGCAAUUUGAAAAUAAAUUGCUACUUUCUGAAUGAAAUGUUACAAGUGUUUUAUUGUUAAAUGUUGUUAAAUUAAUUGUAACGCGUCUAAGCCACAUUGAGCAGGAAAUAAAUUCAAUUGGCCACUCCUCGACGCGUGAGCGACUGUUGUUUUAAGUGAUUAUCAGUGACAGUGAAUCUAGACAACAUGAUGGCCAAAGAUAACACUUUGGCUCCACUGGUGAAAAUCUCAUCAGUAGCACCGAGCCUGGAGUCAUUAAACGAAAGCUACGAAAACUGCCUAAACAUAGACCGACGUUUCCAACGCAAGGAAUCCGUAAUCUCAUCGCAAAUCAGUCUCUACGUGAAAAAGAAAAAGCCAAAAAUUCCUGACGGAGGAUGGGGUUGGUGGGUUGUCAUCGCGUCCUUUGUCAUCAACUUGGUCUCGGACGGUAUCAGUUUAACCUUCGGUCUGCUUUACGAGGAAUUCCUACACGAAUUCGGUGCAUCCAAAUCGGCAACAUCCUGGAUUGGCUCUUUGUUUAUGGCCGUACCUUUAUUAGCCGGUCCGAUUAUGUCCGCCCUUGUGGAUCGAUACGGAUGCAGGUCGAUGACAAUAGUCGGAGCGAUAAUCUCAACUAUCGGUUUUGUAGCCAGCUCCUUCGCCAACAACAUCAUCGUUAUGUAUUUUACAUUUGGAGUGAUUGGUGGAAUUGGGCUUGGACUUUGUUUCGUCACAGCUGUCGUUUCCAUAGCCUUUUGGUUCGAUAAGAAACGUGCGAUUGCUUUAGGUCUUGGUGCUUGCGGUACCGGUUUUGGAACUUUAGUGUUUUCUCCUCUGGCAACGCUAUUAAUUGAAGAAUUUCACUGGAGAGGUACCCUAUUGAUUAUGGCCGGAUGUUUUUUGAACUUGGCCGUGUGUGGUGCCUUGAUGAGAGAUCCUGAUUGGAUAAAAGAUGAUAACUCAGAUAGUGAUCACGAAUCCGAUAAAUCUUCACUGAAUAUAGAGGAAAUAAAAGAAUCUUUAGUUAGUGGCAAUACUGAAGAAUAUCUUCUUGAAGCGUUGGAUACUAGUUUAGACUUGUCGAAUAAAAAGAGAAUCAAAUCUGUAGUAAACUUACCCACUUUUGUAAGACAAAAUGAAACAGUACCUUUAGAAGUUUUGGAAAAGUUAAGCAAAAAUAAAAAUUUAUACAGUGUGAUCUUGGAAAACUAUCCGACUUUGCUGGAAUCAAAAAGUAGCUCAGAACGAGGUCUGAAUGAUUUAAAAGUCCUAGAACAAACCAGAGUGCCUGUGAUAUUUUCUUUGAAGCUGAAGAAAACCGAAAAACCACCGUCUCCUAAACCUACACAUAUGCCAAUAAUCAAAAUUAAUGGAAACGAGAAUAUUGUAGUAAAUAAACAAAACAAAAUCCACACCACUACUAAUCAUUACCUAAAGAACAUAAGAAUGAGAAAAACUUCAAUAAUGCACAAAGGAGCAAUGCUUAACACGAACAGAUACAGACUUAAGGCCUCCAGCUGUCCAAAUAUUUAUCGAAACUCAAUGUUAACACUUUCCCAAGAAGAGGACGAUAAAUGGUAUACAGUUUUCAUGGAGAUAGUAAAAGACGUAAUGCAAUUCAACUUAUUUUUGGAACUGCAUUUCUUUCUUAUCUGUCUUUCAACUAUUAUUCUUUUCACUUGGUUCGUGGUACCAUACUUUUACCUAGUAAAUCACAUGAAAAAUUUCAAAUACACCGAACGUGAUGUUUCAUUUGUAAUUGCUGUAAUCGGCAUCACCAACACCGUUGGAAUGGUUGUUUUAGGUUGGGCUGGUGAUAGACCUUGGAUGAACGUUGAGAAAACCUACGCCGUUUGUUUAAUACUUUGCGGAGUAUUUUGUGCAGCCAUUCUAUUUUUUACAUAUAGCUACGUCAUGGUUGUUGUUUCUGGAGGAUUGUUUGGAUUGUUUUUUGCCAGUACAUUCUCAUUUACCCCGAUAAUCCUUGCAGAUUUGGUUCCAAUUGACAGCUUCACCAUGGCUUAUGGUUUAGUGUUGCUUUGCCAAGGAAUUGGUAAUCUUAUUGGGCCACCACUAGCGGGUUUGUUGUUCGACUUAACUGAAGCUUGGGAUCAAUCCUUUUACCAAGCAGGAUUUUGGAUAAUCAUCUCUGGGGUCUUGGCAGGAAUUAUACCAUACACUAAGAAUAGAAGAAUUAUUGGAAAAGGUCCAAUUUUGAAAUAUGCCCAUAGUGAAAAGAACAUUAACGUUUAAAUAAAAAUGUUUCG